UCACGAACGUCCUAUACACACAACCUUUCUCCCUCCUCCACCACCCGCCUACCUUUUCUUUCCACGGCAAACACCUCGCCGGCGCUUGUCUAUGGCAUACAGGGUUCUGGAGGUCAACCUGAUCUCGGCGAACGAUCUCAAGAAGGUGACCCUCUUCUCCCGGCUGCGCGUCUACGCCAUCGCCUCCAUCUCCGGCGGCGACCCCCGCAUACCCACCCACAGCACCCUCGCCGAUUACGUCAACGGUUGCAACCCCGCCUGGAACACGACGGCUCACUUCCCCAUCCCGGAGGCCGCCGACACCCGCGGCCUCGCGCUCCACGUGAGGCUCCGCGCCAAGCGCGCGUACUUCGGCGACCGCGACGUCGGCGAGGUGUACGUGCCCGUCGACGACCUCCUUGCCGGCGCCGACAAGGGCGGGGACCCCAGGCCCGUCAGCUACCAGGUGCGCCGGCCGCACUCCGGCCGCGCCCACGGCGUGCUCUACUUCUGCUACAAGUUCACCGACGUCCCGGCCGCCGGCCUCCCGGAACCGGAAGCCAAGCAGGGCCAGUACGCUAAGUACGUGCAGGAUUCCGAGAUGUCGAAGGACAAGACGAUGUCGCCGCCGCCCACCGCGUACCCGCCGCCGCAGGUCAUGUCCGCGUACCCGCCGACGCAGGCCAUGCCCGCGUACCCGCCGCCGCAGGCCAUGCCCGGGUACCCGCCGGCGCAGUAUGGGUAUGGCUCGCCGUACGCGGCGUACCCGCCGCAGCAGCCUUACGGGUACGCUGCUCCGCCACCGUACGGGUACAAUGCCGCUCCGCAACAACCGCCGCCGAUGUACGGCUACGCAGCAGCGCCGGCGAGGCAGAGUGGGGGCAUGGGGAUGGGGCUCGGCCUCGGGCUCCUAGGAGGCGCCGUCGGCGGGAUGAUGCUCGGGGAGAUGGUCGGUGACUACGAGGCCGACGCCGCCUACGACUCCGGGUUCAAUGACGCGUUGGAAUUUUAGAUCUUGCCGUGGAGUCGUGGAGAUUAUUGUCCUUGUAAAUUUCCACAUCAUCAUACCUAAAAAUCGAAAUAGAAUUUGCAAGUUUUGCUUCUUUUA